AUGCAAUCAUUGAGGUUAACACAUAUGCUAUCGCAUUAUAUCAAUCCAACUAUCAUGAAUAACAAGAUUGUCACAGUUAAGGACGCUGGUUUAAACUUGAACACAAUUGUUCAAAUGCUUACUCAUGGUGGUGUUAUAGCCUUGCCAACGGAUACCAUCUAUGGAUUGGCUUGUUCUGUUCAUAAUACUGAAGCCAUUGAACGAAUAUUUCGUAUUAAAGGUCGUUGUGAAAAUAAACCAAUGGCUAUCUGCUUAGAUCAGGUAUCAAAUAUCCCCUAUUGGUGUGAUACCAAGAGCAUUCCAUCUGGUCUGUUAUCUGACCUUUUACCUGGUCCUGUUACUGUAUUAUUACCACGUUUCAUGGAUAAACUUCAAGAUCCAUUAAAUCCUCGUUUAAACCCUGGUGAAAAACGUGUUGGUAUUCGUAUACCUGACUCAGGAUUUAUACGUAAACUUAUAUCCGCUUUACAUGUGCAAUCACCUAUUGUUAAUGGUGGUCAUCCAUUGGUAUUAACUUCAGCCAACUCAAGCGGACAGUCGUCAGCGCUUCAAAUUGAGGAGUUUUCUGAACUUUGGUCUUUGGUUGAUCUCAUCAUAAAUGGUGAUUACAAUCGAGCUGGUUCUACUAUUGUAGAUUUAUGCAAUUGUGACAAAUCUGUUUACUCUAUAGUACGGGAUGGCAGUGCUCUCGACGCUACAGUUGCCAUCCUGGAAGGUCGUUACAAUCUAACCAGAGCAAAAUAUUGA